AUGAAGACAUUGUGUGGAGUAGCAGCAGCGGGAAUAACCUUGCUUACCGUUAGUGAUAUUUUGACUCGUUGGUCAACGUAUGAUCAAUUGGUCGCCGGCUUCCAGAAGUGUGUGCUUCCUGCUGGUUCAAGAUUGAUUGAAGUGGGUCAAGGGUGUGUGUGCUUUACAAUUCAGGUCGACAAUCUGAUGGGGCUCACUGCUUUAUGGAACAGGUACGAGGAUGGCACGCUCAAGGAACGUUUAUUCGAUUUUUUUGUGACUGAUGAAAUGAAGACCCGUGCCGGUGGUGAAGAUAAUGUGGAAUUGACUGUAACGAUUGAAAGGGAAGAAUACGAGAAAGCUUACUGUGAACUUGUCCAAGAAGCUGAUGGUAACCAGAGGCGAAUUCUGGAAAGAGGAGUUCGAAGACACUCCGACUCAGUGUUGUCUGUCCCACCUAAAGACGAAGAGAAGUCGCUGGUAACACUGACACAAGUUAAGAAUCAAGUCGAGUCUCUGGAGGAAAGAAUGGAAGUUCUAGAGACUCAAAUGGUUCCAUUUGAGAAAGCUCAUGAGUACGUCAACUUCCAAGACAAAUUCCGUUACAUCAUGACGUACGUAAAUGAUCAGCAGAAUGAAACACGAAGUAUAAUGUCAGAAAUUAGGGACAGCGGACUGCCAACCUCUGGUAUAGGUUCUGAUAACUCUGACGAAAGAGAAGGAGAACAAAAUGAAGACCACAGGGAAGAGGAAUACAUACCCUCUCAGCAUCCCACAGGAAGUUGUAGGAAUUUGUCUCUUCUCCCCCGUACGGUAAAAGAUUUCAUCAAUCGCUAUACCCUCUUGGAAGUAAUCCGUGACUACUGUGAAACUAAGGCAAAGGAACGUGAGUUUCGUGAAGUGAUCCUUGAUGCUCGGAGGAUGUUCAUCAGCCAUUUUUUAACGUUUCUGGAAGACACCUUCAAAAAUUUCUUGAGCCAGAACGUGUCAGAAGCGCUUGAUGCCUUUCAGAUGGAUGAAGGGAAUGUCUUGCAGCUCGUUGAAUGGUGUAACAAUGAUCAAAUGGACGAAGAACAAACAGAAAGAUGCAUUGAUGUCUUCAACAAUGUGGCAGAGCUUCUGGCAAAGAUGAUGAGAAAGGAUAAAUUUAAAUAUUCCUUUGAAUCUUUACAAAGAAGAUGCGAACAGAUGCCAGAUCAGAAAAGACUGAGCGAUUGCCUCACGUCCUUGGGGAUCGAAGAAGUAUUCAGAGGAUCCUCUCAACCAACUGGUCUGAACGCUUCAGCCGCUCAAAAAGCCAAAGAAUAUUUGACGAAAGCUGAUCAAAUCCAGCGUAAUCUUGGAAUUAACACCGGUAACAGCCGAGCUCAGUGUCUGUCCAAACUUGCUCAAUGUCUCGCCAAAGAAGGCAACUUCGAUGAGGCGAAAGAAAAAGUCCAACAGGCGAUCAAAAUUCGAUCGGAUCAAGGAGAGGAUGACAAAGUCAUGCUUGGUGCAACAUACAAUGAUCAGGCAGUAAUACUUUCACUGGAAGGAGAUCAUCAGCUGGCAAUAGAGGUCCGAAAGCAGACCCUGAAAAUUUACAUGGAAAGACUGGGAGAGCAUCCUUUCACCGCAACCAUCCUAAACAGUCUAUCAAACAAUUAUUACGCCUUGGGCAAAUACGACGAUGCUGAACGAUGUUCGGAAGAAGCGUUGGUUAUCCGUCGAAAGCUACUGAAAAACCAUCGUGACACCGCCAAGUCGCUUUUUCACCUUGGAAUGAUUCAUAAAAUGAAGGAAGAAUUCAAGCCAGCCGGGAAUUACCUUGAAGAGUGCGAGGCCAUGCAAAAGAGAAUAUUGGAUGAGAACGACGACGACCUUACAAGUACCAGAAAGGAAUUGGAAGAUGUGAAGAGGCGACUAGCGGAACCCGAGGGACAAAGUAAUGAAUCGCCAUAAAUUGUGUCCCACAUAGAGGACUCUUUAAAUUCUCUUAAAUCCUGUACCAUACUCUGACAUACGUCCAGUUUUUUGCGUGUUCAAGUGGAAUAGGGCGGUACUCCUUUGACGAAUCAGUUGCUUAUGCGUGGGGUCUCCGCUUUAGCAAUCGUCUUAAUAAAAACGUAGGGUAAUUGUGGGACAUUUUUUCUUUGUUACUAUUAUCUUUAAGUCUGUUAUGCCGGGUUAUGCCCGGGUUAUGCUGCAACACACCCACCAAUUCAAGAAUGUACUCCAGGUACCCUAGAACCAGUAAAACUAGACAUAACUUAAUUGUUGGGUUAUACAAUCUGAUUUGGCUGGUAUGUACACUGUACAAGGAUUGAACUGGAAAUGGUCGGCCCGGUAUGAGCGGGCUUUCAAGUUGCGGGAAAGAUAGAAAGAUGAGAAAAGAAAGUGAUAACGUAGAAAGUGGAUGUGAAAAGAGAAGGAUGAGAGAUAUGACAAAACAGGCAAGAUGAGAGUAAGGAAGGAUAACGAAAAUGUAUAAUGAGAGAAUAAGAAGACAGCUUGAGUU